AAAAGAAGUAAAUUAUGGCAUGUAUAUGUGUUAGUGUAUCUGCAUGACACCAAAUCAAAGAAGAACAAGAGUAACCUCACUCGUUCAAAAUCCGAGCGUUUAAAACAAAGGGAACAGAAGAAAAGAGGAAUCUAAUGCUACGCCAUGGGCUGCAAUACCUUUUGCCUUUCUCUUCAUAUCUCCCUUGAUUUUAGGUUCUCUAUCAGAUAUUAUUUCCCAUUUUAGGGUUCUCAUUAAUCAAUACCCCAAAGCCUGAAUUUGCUGUUUUUUUGCCUUUAUAAGAUAAGAAUAUCUAGCAGGAGCUUAAAUUGCAUGUGGGGCUGUGUUGGUUUUCAAGACUAUUAAUUGCCUUGCGAGACUAACAGCGGAAGAAGCGAAGAGAACUUCAAGAAGAAGAAAGAAGGUAGAAGAACUCUCUGAAGAAUAUGGCUGCUUCUUCUUCAUCGGCGCCUUUUUUUGGAAUUAGGGAAGAAGAACAAAACCAGCAGAUGAAACAACAGCAUUCCUCAACUCCAACUUCAUCUUCAGCUCAGGCUCCACCGCCACAGAAGAAAAAGAGAAACCAACCUGGAACACCAAAUCCAGACGCAGAGGUGAUAGCACUAUCUCCCAAGACCCUAAUGGCAACAAACAGGUUCAUAUGUGAGGUAUGCAACAAAGGGUUCCAAAGGGAGCAAAAUCUACAGCUCCACAGAAGAGGACAUAACCUGCCUUGGAAGCUAAAGCAGAAGACUACAAAAGAAGUGAGGAGGAAGGUUUAUCUGUGCCCCGAACCCACAUGCGUCCACCAUGAGCCUUCUAGAGCUCUUGGUGAUCUUACUGGAAUCAAAAAGCACUACUCAAGAAAACAUGGUGAGAAGAAAUGGAAGUGUGAGAAGUGCUCAAAAAAAUAUGCUGUCCAGUCUGAUUGGAAAGCCCAUUCUAAGACUUGUGGCACUAGAGAAUACAGAUGUGACUGUGGCACUCUCUUCUCAAGGCGUGACAGCUUUAUCACUCACAGGGCAUUCUGUGAUGCGCUGGCUCAAGAAAGUGCAAGAAACCCUCCUACCAACUUGAACACAAUUGGAAGCCAUCUGUAUGGAAGUAGCAACAUGACCUUAGGCUUAUCUCAAGUAGGAACUCAAAUCUCCUCAUUACAAGACCACAACAACCAGUCUACUGACAUUUUACGACUUGGUGGCGGUGGUGCCCGGACUGGACAAUUCGAUCAUCUUCUCCCUUCAUCAAUUGGUUCAUCGUCGUUUCGACCUCCACAGCAAAUGCCCUCACCUGCUUUCUUCAUGCAAGAACCAAACCAGAAUUAUCAUGAUGAAAACCAAUCUCAGCAAGACUUGUUGCAAAAUAAGCCGUUCCAUCAUGGACUGAUGCAAUUUGCUGAUAUUCACAACACCACAGGCAACCCUCCCUCUGCUGGCAAUCUGUUCAACCUCAGCUUUCUUUCCAAUAGUAGCACCGCAAGCAGCAUUUCCAACAGCAACAAUGCAAACAAUUCCAACAGCAACCUACCAACUUCAGGAUUGCUAAUGCCCAGUCAUUUCAACAACCAAAAUGGUGUUGGUGGUGGUGAAGGGAGUAAUAUCUUCUCAAAUAAUGUAAUGGGUAAUCAAAUGACCUCCGGUGUCCCUUCUCUCUACAGCUCUUCGGUUCAGAAUGAUAACAUGGUCUCUCAUAUGUCUGCUACUGCGCUGCUUCAAAAGGCUGCUCAAAUGGGUUCAAGUUCAAGCAACAACAGUGCCUCAUUACUUAGAAGUUUUGGUAGCUCUUCCUCAAGUGGUAACAAAUCAGAUAGGCAACUUGUUGGUGGGAACUUUAGUGGCAUGUUCAGCGAAAACGAGAAUAAUCUUCAUGACCUAAUGAACUCAUUUGCUCCUGGGAAUUCCUCCAUGUUUGGUUCCGGACAUGCACAAGAAAACCCCUAUGGUGGAUAUACUGCAAGCAGGACAAGUUUGGAGCAAGAAAAGCAGCACCACGGCCCAAAUUUUGGCAACACUAGUAUGGAUGAAGCAAAGUUGCACCAAAGUCUCAAUGCAAGCAUUGGUGGGUCUGAUAGAUUGACAAGAGACUUUCUUGGUGUUGGUCCUCAAAUAGUGAGAAGCAUGAGUGGAUCAUCAGGGUUUUCACAGAGAGAAAAACAGCAGCAGCCACAGCGUCAGCAUCAUGGCAUGGAUAUGGGUGGCUCCUCCUUGGAUUCAGAGAGACAUAACACUAAUAUUUCUGCGGCGCCGACAAGCCAGCCUUUCGGAGGAAAUGGGAGUUUUCAGUGAAGAAAAAAAAUGCUAGAUGACAAAAGUAUCGGUCAGGAAUGCGAGUUGUUUCGUGGAAGAAAGGCCUUUUGGAGACAUGAUGCAGUUACCCUGGAGAUCUUCACACCAUGGGGUUUCAAUAAGAGAGGCAGCUCAAUUUUCUUCAAGCUGUUUUUUAAUCUUCUCUUCGAACACCUCAACUGUACCUAAGAGUUUUAAGGAUUUCAUAUCUUGGAUAGUGACUUCUGUAGCCGCAGUCUUUUCAUGUUUGCUUUUGGAUCAGUGUUACUUUAUUUUCUAGUAGUUAAAAGUAAUAUUACUAUACAACAGUUCAGGAACUUUCA